CAGAGGCUGGGGUGGGGGCCGCGGGCAGGAUGGCGGUGGUGCCCCUGCGGCCCGGCAGAGCCUCCGUGCGCCUCCUGCCCCUGCUCUGCGGCGGGGCGAGGAACAAGGCAGCCUCCCUGAGCCCGGCGGUGCCCGGCCGCCUCACCCAGAGGCGCUACAAGAAGGACGUGCUGCCGUGCCCGGAGGUGCCCGUUCCCUCCGUGUCCAUCACUGAGAUCCGCCAGUACCUGCGGGCCCAGGGGAUCCCCUUCCAUGACGGCUACAGCUGCCUGCACACCCCCAGCCUCUUCACGAGCGAGCAGGAGCCUCAGCACCAGCCGCCGUCAGCCGCCAGCGCCCCUUACACCCUCUUCAUUGACAAGACCACGGGCAGCUUCCUGUGCACGGCCACGCUGGCCGAGGGCACGUGGCAGGACUUCCAGGCGAACGUGGAGCUGCGGCACCACGGCGUCCCCUUCCCCAGCUCGGGGGAGCCGGAGGAGGACACGAGACGGGCUCGCGAAGACGCCCGCUGCGUCUGGGACCGAGCACUGCCUCUCUGGGAGCUUUUGGACGAGGAUGAGACCCACAUAACCAAGACCAUGUUUGGGAUCUCCAUGGUGACAGAUGCCACCCUGAAGCGCUUUGGGGUGCGUUACCUGAGGACUGCUAAGUCCCUGGUCUUCCCCUGGUUCAGUCCCCGCGAUGCUUCUCUGAAGGGCGUGAAGCUUGUGGGGGUGGAGACCCAGGGCGACACGGUAACGUAUGUGGAACAGACGCUCCCUCGGUCGGGUUCCUACUGCAACCUCUUUGGGCUGCCCCUCAUCAGCCGCCGAGACACAGAAGUGGUCUUAACUGGGCGGGAGCUGGAUGCCGUGGCCCUGUACCAAGCUACGGGGGUGCCCAGCCUGUCCCUCCCGCGAGGGCCCACCUCCUUGCCCCCAACCCUGCUCCCCUACCUGGAGCAGUUCAAGCGCAUCACGCUGUGGCUGGGCGAGGACCUGCGCUCCUGGGAAGCUGCCAAGCUCUUCGCCCGCAAGCUGAACCUCAAGCGCUGCUCCCUGGUGCGUCCCGGCGAGCAGCAGCCCCGGCCCCUGGAAGCCCUGAGACGGGGCCUGAACUUCACCAAGAUCCUGCGGGCCGCCCUGCCCGCCAGCCACAAGUCCAUCAUCUCCUUCCGCCAGCUGCGGGAGGAGGUUUUCGGGGAGCUGGUCAACGUGGAGCAGGUGGCUGGUGUCAAGUGGGCCCGAUUCCCCGAGCUCAACAAGCUCCUCAAAGGCCACCGCAAAGGGGAGCUCACCAUCUUCACAGGCCCGACCGGCAGCGGGAAGACGACGUUUAUCAGCGAGUACGCGCUGGACCUGUGCAUGCAGGGAGUGUGCACGCUGUGGGGCAGCUUCGAGAUCAGCAACGUCCGCCUGGCCAAGAUCAUGCUGACGCAGUUCGCAGCCCGGCGCCUGGAGGAGCAGCUGGAGCAGUACGACGAGUGGGCCGACCGCUUCGAGGACCUCCCCCUCUACUUCAUGACCUUCCAUGGCCAGCAGAACAUCAAGACCGUGAUCGACACGAUGCAGCACGCCGUGUACAUGUACGACAUCACCCACGUGGUCGUCGAUAACCUGCAGUUCAUGAUGGGGCACGAGCAGCUCUCUGCCGACAGGCUUGCUGCUCAGGACUACAUCGUUGGUGCUUUCCGCAAGUUUGCCACGGAAAACACCUGCCACAUCACGUUGGUCAUCCACCCCCGCAAGGAGGACGAUGAGAAGGAACUGCAGACGGCCUCCAUCUUCGGCUCUGCCAAGGCCAGCCAGGAGGCAGACAACGUCCUCAUUCUGCAGGACCGGAAGCUGGUGUCGGGACCUGGGAAGCGGUACCUGCAGGUGUCUAAGAACCGUUUUGAUGGGGACGUAGGUGUCUUCCCCCUGGAGUUCAGCAAGGCCUCGCUCACCUUCUCCUCUAGCAAAAGCAAGGUCAGGCUGAAGAAGAUGAAGGAAGAGAAGGCGCCUUCAUCCAAGAAAGCUCCAGCUGGAGGCACGGGGACUUCCAAGAAACCUUGAGUCCCACUGAUCCCUUCUUUGGUCUGUUGGGAGAAAGUGUUGUUGGUGCUAGGAGCACGGGGCUGGGGAACGCCAGCCUCUCUCCAUCAGGAACAGCAAUAAUGUGCUGCUGUCUGUCCUUUUUCCUCCUGCACAAAGAAGCCUCUUGGCUGCAGGUAAUCUCGGGGAGAGAUACCGGGGCCAUGGUGGAAGGAUAUAUGGGCUCCUGCUGGAGAAGAGGAACCUCUUUCCUGCUGUGCUGCCUCCUCAGCUGCCCCAGGAUGGAGAGCCGGGGCAUCCUGGCUCCCUGCGUGCUGCCAGAGCUGCGCCUGUUGCAGGGCAAAGACUUUGUGUCCUGAGAGGGAUGUUCUUGCACACUUUGGUCACUUGACUGGUGCUGAGUGCUGGAAGCAUCUGGGGACUGAAGUGGGCCGUAGUCUAGGCAAUAGGCUGGGAGCAGUAACCUGCAGUCCUGGGGCUCUGAGUUUGGAGGAGGUUGUUAAAAUGCUGCUAAGCUUUUAGGCCAAGAUCCUGGGCCAUCGUCGUGGGCUCCAGGAGGGGCUGUAUGGAGGGACUGCAGAGAUCUCCUUCUGUCUUAGAUAGGGAUUUCAGGAGUGCUGUGCUCGGUCCUGACCAUGAUGGGGAGAGCAAGUGGGACCUAAGUAGAAGGAUGCAGAGGGAUGCUGUGGAUGGCCCUUGCCCUGGGGUGCAUGGAGCUGGUUGGUCUCCACUGGGAGUUUUGUGAAGCCCUAAUGAAGGUGGGAGCUGCCGUCCCUGGCGUGGUGGUGCCUCAGCAGCGAGGAUGGAAGUGUGGCGAGCUGAAGGCAGAGUUUGUUUUCUCUUGUGCUGGCCAGCAGGUGGGAUGUGCAGCUUGCUAGCUCUGCCUGCUUGGCUACUGCCCCUUGCCCCAGGGCUCUCUGGUCUGUCCUGUCCCAUCUCUCCCCUGUGGGCAUCACCAGCAGUAAAACCCCAGGUGAGCAGCCUUGCUUGCCUGGAGAGGGGCAUUGCCACCCUGGUCUAGCGGCCUUGGACAGCCCUGGAGCCAGGCACAUGGUGUGAUCUACCCUCCUCUUGGCCUUGCUACCACCCAGGGCUUUGGAUGUGCAGCAGUGGUCCAGCGACUUUCAAGUCCAUCCCCAGGGACCUUCUUCCAGAGUGUUUAAUGAUGAAUACUGUGACCUGGCUGGUCCUUACCAUGGCAGGAGGAGUCCAUGCUUGGAUCUUGGUCCAAUCUUUUUUCUUCCCUUACAGUUUUAUUAAAGCAGAAAUCUGAAUGCA